AUGCAGUUACUGAGAAAGCGAGUGCCUUCAAGUUAUGACUAAAGAACAAACCGAAUCUAAAUAUAAAAAAUUUUAUUUUUGCGAGUUUUGACAUAUUUUAAUUCCUACUGUUAAGAGAAUAAAUACAGUACAAGAAACUAUUAGCUUUAAAUAGUAGUUCAGUGCUUUUUUAUUGUUUAAAGAUCCUAGGAUUAAUAUCUAUAUAAUUUAUAAUUUUUCAGAGCUAAGAACAUUCGAAAGAAUAAAUUUAAUUAUUGCAAUCUUAAUUUUAUCUUAUUAUUCUUAUAAGGAUUCGUAAGCUUUUAUGAUCUUGACAUCAAAAUGCCUAAUUACCUUUUGGCUAUAAUUGCUGAUAUUUUGAAAGUAACAUUCUAAUCGUUCAUAUAUAAUCACUGA